GCCCUCCACUUCGUCUCAUCUCCAUUCUCCGUUCUCAUCCAUCGCCGCACUCCAUCGGCAUCCCAUUCAUUCAUUCAUUCAACCCGACGCCAUCCAAAGCCUUCACGCCUCCGUCGCCGCCCUCUGAGUCUGGUUGCCGCAAUGGCCAGCACGGCCGAGCCGUCCUCCUCGCCCUACUCCUCGUCGGCGCCCGACGCGGACAUCCUCCGCUCCCUGCGCCGCCUGGCGCGCGACCUGGCCGCCGCCGACCCGCCGGCGCCGUUCCUCCGGGCCGUCUUCGCGUCCGUGUCCCGCCGGGCGCGCCUCCUCGUCGCCGUGUUUGACGACCUGCUGCUCGCGCUGGGCGCGGGCGCCGGGAUGCCAAGGUCCGCCUCGCUCUGCCUCCGCGAGGUGCUGCUCGUGCUGCAGCGCUUCAAGGCCGUCGUGGCCGACUGCUCCGCGCGCAGCCGCAUGCGCCUGCUGCUCCAGUCCGACGACGUCGCCGCGCGCGUGCGCGAGCUGCAGCACGACCUCGCCACGCUGCUCGAUAUUCUCCCCGUUGGCGAGCUCGGGCUUGCUGACGACGUGGCCGACCUCCUCACGCUCGCGUCGCGCCAGUGCCGGCGCCCCGCGCCCGAGGCCGCGGCCGAGCAGGAGCUCAAGGCCAGCGUGCUGGCGCUCAUACAGGAGGUCGAGCGGGAGAUCGUGCCGGAGAGGGAGCGCCUGGAGGCCAUCCUCGAGGAGGUGGCCAUCAACGACCCCGCCAGCUGCAGCCAGGAGAUCGAGAUCUUGGAGCGCGAGAUCGGCGACCGGCUGGCGGAGCGGUGGACGUCGGCCAUGAUUGCCCUCGUCGGCCUCCUCCGGUACGCCAAGUGCGUCCUCUUCAGCGCUGCCACGCCGCGGCCGCUGGACUCCAAGGUGGACGCUGACGACGAUGACGCCGAGCCUCUGGCGCCGCCGCCGGACUUCCGCUGCCCCAUCUCUCUCGACCUGAUGCGCGACCCCGUCGUGUCCUCCAGUGGCCAGACGUACGACCGCGAGUCCAUUACGCGGUGGUUCGGCGCCGGCAAGUCGACGUGCCCCAAGACCGGCCAGGUGCUGACUAAUCUGGAGCUCGUGCCCAACAAGGCGCUCAAGAACUUGAUCUCGCGGUGGUGCCGGGAGAAUGGCGUCGCCAUGGAAGGCAGCGAGCCUGGCAAGCCCGAGCCGGCGCCACCGGUGGCCGCAAACAAGGCCGCGGUGGAGGCUGCGCGCAUGACCGCGUCGUUUCUGGUGAAGAAGCUCUCGGCCUCGUUCUCCCCUGGUUCGGACAACCGCGUGGUGCACGAGAUCCGUCUGCUCGCCAAGUCCGGCUCCGAGAGCCGCGCGUUCAUCGGAGAGGCCGGCGCCGUGCCGCUCCUCGUGCCGCUGCUCAACUCCGAGGACGCCGCGCUGCAGCUCAACGCCGUGACGGCGCUGCUCAACCUCUCCAUUCUCGAUGCCAACAAGAAGCGCAUCAUGCACACCGACGGCGCGGUGGCGGCCCUCUGCGAAGUGAUGGGCUCCGGCGCGACAUGGCGGGCGAAGGAGAACGCCGCCGCCACCGUGCUCAGCCUGUCCGCCGUCCAUACGUACCGCCGCCGGCUCGGCCGGAACCCACUUGUGAUCGAGAAGGUCGUGCUCCUGGUGCGCACGGGCCCUCCGAGCACCAAGAAGGACGCUCUCGCCGCGCUGCUGUGCCUGUCCGCGGAGAGGGAGAACGUUGGCAAGCUGGUGGGCGCGGGCGCCGCGGAGGCGGCACUGUCGGCGAUCAGCGAGGAGGAGACCGCGGCGGCGGUGCUGGCGUCGCUGGCCAAGCGCGGCGGGGCGGAGGCGAUCGUGAACAUCGACGGCGCCGUGGCGAAGCUGGUGGCCGAGAUGCGGCGCGGCACGGAGUGGUCGCGGGAGUGCGCGGCGGCGGCGCUGGUGCUGCUGUGCCGGCGCGCGGGGGCCGCGGCGGCGUCGCAGGUGCUGGCGAUCAGCGGCGUGGAGUGGGCGAUCUGGGAGCUCAUGGGCAGCGGCUCGGAGCGGGCGCGCCGGAAGGCCGCGUCGCUCGGCAGGACGUGCCGGCGCUGGGCGGCCGCCAACGCGGCGCAGAACGCGGACUGCCCCGCCUCCACCGUCUCGCCGCCGACCGUGGCGGCGUCGUGAACUCAUUCUUAGGAACCGCUGAAAAACACAACCAAAAAAGUAGAUAAUUCUUGUGCUGUACAAAAUUUGGCUUGCUGAAUGCCUUGUAAUUCUAGGCCGUGGUGCGAUUCUUUAGCCCCAGUGGGCAAACACAAACACAGAGUAAUUGAAUCAACUGUGCAUACUACAGAACAUUCGUUGCUUCUUUCGUUCUUCGUUGUCGCUGUGAGAUCUUGUAACACAAAGUGAAAGAAAAUAAUACUAGUUGUACAAA